AUGUCUGGAGUCAAGCGGGUGUACAAGUGGUUCGCCCCGGACGCCGAAAAGGAGGAGGAUGGCCGUGAUAAAUGGCCUUCCCGUACUGCCUUUGUCCUCGCAGCCAUGGGAGGCGCGGUCGGUCUCGGCAACCUUCUCCGAUAUCCAUCCGUCGUGUUUGCCAACAACGGUGUCCAAUGGUUCAUCCCGUACCUCAUCGCUCUAUUCUUCCUCGGUAUUCCUGUCUUGAUUCUCGAAAUUUGCAUUGGCCAGGCCUACCGUGGCGGUGUCGUUGUUGCCUUCCACGGCAUCAGCAAGCAUACCAAAGGCGUGGGUUUGGCCGUCAUCAUGACCGGUUACGUCGUUGCGACAUACUAUGUUCCGAUUCUUGCCUUCAUCAUGCACUACUUCCGAUCUUCAUUUCAAAGCCCACUUCCUUGGACCGGUCGAGGCACAGAAUUCUACAUGGUGGACGUCGUCGCCAACCCCGAUCCUAUCCCUGGCACCAUUGAGAACGACGCCGUCACAAGCUACACCAGUUACCCCUCCAAGGGGUUGGUAGGCGAGACUGUCGGAUGGUGCGCUUUCAUGUGGUUCAUGGUCUUCCUCUGCAUGUUCAAGGGCGUCGGAGUCACGGGCCGUGUCGUCUAUCUCACCAUGGGCCUCCCCAUCGUCAUGGUGUUUGUACUCAUGGGCCGCUCCCUGUCUCUGGAAAACGCAACAAAUGGUGUCAAAAUGUACUUUGCUGAAUGGCAUGGCGAUAAGUUGGCUAGCGGUGGUAUCUGGCAAGCUGCUUGUGGGCAAAUCUUCUUCUCCAUCGGUGUUGGUUUCGGAUACUUUACAUCCUACGCCUCCUACAACACCAAGUUCUCCAAUGCUGUCCAGGAUGCCUUCAUCAUUGGCCUGAGCAACUCCCUCUAUGAGGUGCUUGCUGGAUUUGCAGUCUUUGGAAUCAUUGGGUUCCUUGAACUGCGCCCCGAAGACGGUGUCAAGCUCAGCACCUUUACCGUCGGUUUCCUGACUUAUCCUCUGGCUAUUGUCGAGAUGCCCGGUGCCAACUUUUGGGCCGUCAUCUUCUUCUUGACAAUUGCUCUGCUUGGCCUCAGCUCCGCCUUUGCUUUGGUUGAGUCCAUGGUUACCAUGCUGUGCGACACAGCCCUUGGCCGAAAAUACCCCCGCCCUGUCAUUUCAACAGGUGUGAUUGUCAUUUCCUUCUUGCUUUCCCUCAUGUAUUGUACCGAAUUCGGAUUCUAUCUGUUGGAUGCUGUCGAUGGGUGGACGAAUAACUUGGCUCUAAUCUUUGUGGUCUGGUGCGAAGGCAUCGCCGUUACCACCAUCUACCGCCACAAAGAUGUCAUCAGACAGGUUGGUAUGGUCGCCUUUGUCAUCAACACGGCUGCCUAUAUGCUGUCCAUGAUUCUUGCAGUUGCCGUAGCUCAGUCUGUGAGCGCUGCGGCUGGAGCCAGCGUAGGCUUCGGCAUAUUCAUUGUCGGUACAAUCGCCGCUGUAUUGUUGAGCAAGACUCCCGAUUCUAUCCCGCCUCGGUUCUGGGGCAAAGGUGCUCUACAAAGCAAACUGUGGUGGCUGUCCUUUUACUCUUGCAAUCAGCUGCGUCGCGAUCUCAACAACGUGGUCGCUCAGGGCAAAAACUGGAAGAUUCCCGUCAUUUGGGGACCGAUCAUCAAGUACAUCUCGUGUCCCAUCCUUGCCAUCAUCCUAUCGUUUGCCUACCCCGACUUCUACAAUGAGAAGCGCAAAGACCCCCUGCAAAUCUUUGCAUUUGCCGUCGCCCACAUCGUCAUGAUUAUCAUUGCUUUGGGCUUCAUCGUCCCCAGAGCAUUCGAUGUCUUCAUUCCUCCAGAGAAGCAGUACCUUGCGGAUACUCCCUAUGCACCCCAAGUUACCAUCUUAGGUAUGAUGCACGAGAGCGAUGCCGUCGAAGCUCGCGUUGUUGAAAAUGAAGGCAGUUCAGACGGAGAAGCAACAAACGGGAAGAAAGGCUAAAGCCACUUCCCAGUAUGUACUUGUACAGUGGGUAGGCAAAAGUUACAAGUAGUCUAUAUUUCAACCAACG